AUGUGAUCUCCGAGCACCUGCCAAAGUCGGAGGUUCCCGAGUUGUUUUUGAGGAGUAGAAAUGAGGGUGUAAACACAGCGACUGAAAGAUAAAUAUGACACGAACUGUCACUCGGACAGCUGUUUGGUUUGAAAGAUCAUGAGCGGUGAUGAUUGUCAUUUCACUGAAAGACAGAAUCUCCUUACUCGACUCCUUGAUGCUGUUAAACAGUGUCAGGUGAGAUUUGGCGGACGGUCAGAGCUAGCCACGGAUGCAGACAGCAGGGUGUCCUGUCUGUGUGCAGCGUGGGAGGCGGCACUACAACAUGGUAUGCGCAAGAACAACAAGGCUCUCACUGCCAUCAAGCAGGUGACGGAGAGAGCAGGGCUGUCAAAAGUAACAGAUUUCCUCAAUGACAUCAAGAAUAUUGAUCCUGAGCCAGCCUUCUGGCAGUAUGCUAAGGACGUCCUGACUAAACAUGAGCUACAACGCCUCGCCAACCUCAAGACCAUCAACAGCGAUGCUGGCCGAGGACGAGCGUGGCUCCGUGCUUCAUUCAAUGAACAUUCCCUGGAGAGAUACAUGCACAUGCUCAUCGAUAGCGAUGACUUGCUCAGUCAGUUUUAUGAAGAGUGGGCAUUCCUACGUGAUCAGGAGAGAAGCAGUAUGCUGCCCAUGAUGUCGGCCGGUCUUGGUUCUAUUUUGUUUGCUAUCACCAUUGACCGGCCAGAGCUAAACAGAGCACACCAUGUUUCUAACAAUGUGCAUGUCAACAACACAACUGAUCAGGGGACGGCUGCUGACGUUCAGGAGGAGCCACAUGCAGUUAUAGCUGGGGACAAUGAAAUUGCAGAGAGUGUCAAAAAGAAGGAAAAAAGGAAAAAGAAGAAGAUAGCAAACAUUGUCAGCUUUGAUGAAGAUGAUGCAGAUGUGUUCAGUGAGUCAGGGUCAGUGACUGCCAAGUCCAGGAAGUCUCCCCACAGCUCUGUCAGUUCCGACCCCAUAUCCAGGGAGGAUUCCAUUAAAGACAUGUCUGACAAUGUUGAGGACAAAGCUGGUGUUCAGAUGAGAAAUGGGGAUCCAGGUGAUGGAGUCACCUCAAAGGGAGGCAACUCUACCCAAUCAAAUAAGACCACUCCAAUUGUGAGUCAAGCGUCUUCAGAUGGACUGUCAAGGUCAAGUCUGGGGUCAUUCAGUUCAGAAGAUGUGGAAUUAGGGGAGGGAACAGCAACUCUGACGCCGCUCUCACCGGCUGGUCAGCCUAUUGACUUGACGCCACCUAGUGGCAGGAAUUCCUCUCAGAGCCACACAGUGGAUUCUGAGGUACUGGGGUACGCAGGAGAGGAUGUUGAGUCUGCUGCCCUGGCUCUGGCUAUGGUACAGAAGGGGCUCAAUCAAAGCCCCCGUACCCAAGGAGAUGGUGGCAGCAUUGACGAAGUGUUGGAACAGCAGGGAAUCAGUGGGCAGAGUAUGUGUCACACAACUAGUCUCAUUGCCCUGCCCUCCAGCCCUAAGACGGCAGCUGAGAAGAGUGACUUGAAGCAAGCUGUAGUUGCCAUGAUGUUGCGGAAGGAUGAAGUUGAAGAACAAAACAAGUCAGUGAAGGCGAUGUUGGAGCAUGAGAUGGAGACCUCAUCGAUGUUGCGUGCUGAGAUUGAGGAGCUGAAGUUGCAGCAGCAGUCUCGGCAGGAGAUGGACCUUGCUAAGAUACAAGCAUUGCAGAAGGAGAAUGAGCUGUUGAAGCACCAGCUACGGAAGUACGUGAACGCUGUUCAACUUCUGAGGACUGAGGCUGUAAACAAAGAUGCUAACCUUGGAGUGAGCCUGGAGGAGCCCCAGCCAACCAUCCCCCCUGAGAAACCCAUGAUUGACUACAGCUACGAGGCGUCAGAGUACGAGAAGAAACUCAUCCAGGUAGCUGAAAUGCAUGGUGAGCUGAUGGAGUUUAAUGAGCUGCUGCAUCGACAACUCAACUGUAAGGAGACGCUGCUGAAGCAACUCCGCCAGGAGCUGGUGGACCUCCGUGGUCCACUGCCAUAUGAUGCCCAGGCUUCCAUCGAAGACUCCAUACCAGGGGAAGCAGAUGUCCUUGCUUUGCCUCGGACCCUGGUGAACAUUUGGAUCCCUUCAGCCUUUAUCAGAGGAACUGCCACCGACUCACACCAUGUGUACCAGGUUUUUGUCCGGAUACGAGAUGAAGAAUGGAAUGUCUACCGCCGAUAUAGCCAGUUUCAUGAUCUACAUGUCAAGUUAAAAAAACUUUACCCGAUGGUCAGCAAAUAUGAAUUCCCACCCAAGAAAACAAUUGGCAGCAAGGAUGCCAAGGUGGUGGAGGUUCGUCGUCUGUCACUCCAGAAGUACCUUCGUCAAGUAAUCAACCUACUCAUGGAGAAGAAUGAACAAUUUGUUGCAAACGUCACAAAAGAAAGUUUAAUGACCAUCCUACCAUUCUUCAAUGACCAAGAUGAAGGGAGUAAGAAAGGCCGGAAAGGUAAACCUGUAAUCCCGAAACGGAGUGCCCAGCCUCCUGCUCCAUCACAGCAACAGCUGCAGCAAGGCACAACAUCAUCAUCACAAGGGGCAACCCAAUGACGCUCUGCUGACCCGUAGUAUUUAAUUCCUGGGACAAAAUCAGUGUCAAAAGCCAGCUAAAGAUUUUGCUAUGUCAUGCAAUCUGUCAUUCUCAGGUCAUAGUAAAAAGUACAUUUUUCUUUCUACUGUAGGUAGCAGCAUAAGAUAUCAUGUUUUUGAAAUUUGUAUUAUAUUCCUUAUAUUUACUUCAGUUAAUGUAGAAAAUAGAAUUACACACUAUGCCUAGCUCAUAAGGAAUAAUGUUUUGUGAAUUAUGUGUUAUGAUAUGUUGUUUUAUGUACACAUACUGCUUUACCUGAAACUUAUUCCAUACUGCUUGUGCCUGAAUAUUCACUGUGUGCAUAUAUGUUAUGUGAUACCAGCAGGCUCAUGUCAACUCUUUGUGAUAUGACUGAAAUAAUGUUUAAGUAGCAUUUAACCCAGGUUACACACAGUUCUGACAGGAAUCAGAAUCCUACAUGUAAAACACUGUAAUCUGAUUACAGUGUAUAUAUAAACAUCCCAGCAUGGCGGUUGAGGGUUUACGGCAACACACAGGGUACAUCAGAGCGUAUAACCCUUGUGAUAAAUCUGCAUCCUUGUCUCCAUGGGGAAACCCUGUGAAUUUGUCAGUUAUAGGACCUGGGGCCACUUGUACAAAGCUAUCUUAACGCUAAGGUGAUCGUAAGUCCCAUACUUUUUAAUAGGCUUACGAUCAUCAUAGUGCUAAAAUCGCUUUGUACAAGUGGAUCCUAAUUAUUAAUCAUUUUUUAUUCAAUAAUUAUUUACAUACAUUGUAGAGCAAACAGUUUAAGUGAAAUAAUUAAAGCAGGUUACCUGCAAUCUGAUUGCCUUUAACCAAAUAUUUUAAUAGGCUUGGAUUCUGACAGUUUGAAAUGUAGGCAUUGUGAGUCUUUCUGAAUUAUAUUUCUAAAAGGGCAUAGCAUGUAAUUUAUUAUGAAUUUGUAAUAAGCAUCUCUUUAUGCCUUGGAAAAUUUAUGAAAAACAAAUUCCAAGCUUGUACGCCAAUACAACAUUCUCUCCAUGAAUAUCUGACAAUCCUCUUUUAGGAAGCUGUUGAGGUGGAGUGUCUAUUAUGCCAGUCUACAUCAAGGUAUAUGAUUCCGUGCAGCAUGUAUCUGAUUUCUGUAUCCCCAAAACAAACAUGGAAUAAUGGAAUAUGCCAUUAUGUUUUUCUGGAUAUUUCAUACACAAAUUUCAGAGAAGUGACACAGAAAGGUAAAUAUAGAUCAAAGUUAUUGAGAUUGGAUCAACUUACAAAAUACAUUUGUCUUUGCAAACUUGGUUGUGAAACAUGAGCUGUCUGUUCUGCUUUAAGCUUGCUGUAUUUCAGGGUCUGUUUUGUUGGACAGGCUUUACCAGACGUGUAUCAUGAUAGUUUUGUGCAAUAGUUUAGUUCAGAUCGUUCAUAGUUCCCUGGAUUCUGCUUGUAACAGGAGGCCCAUUUUGGGUAUGUUACAUGAGGCCCAUUAAGGGUUACCAUUUCAAGCCAUUACAGGAUUAAUUUGUAGUAUUUUCAGGAAGUUAAUACUCAAUGCUGUCAGGCAUGAUUCAACACAAAUGUUAAUAAUAUUUGGCAAUUUUACAUAUCAUUAAUAUUUCAGAAUAUUGAUAUUUCUUUGGCGAGCCAUAGCCAUAACCCUUGUGGGGACUACAAAUAGAAUAGAUACCCCAUGUGUGUCAUAAUGGCCGACUUCCUCGGAUUGGAUCUUCAUAGUGUGUGACCUUGCUGAUUGGGUGUUAUCAUACCUUCCACUGUGGGUUCUUGCUCAUACUAUCGAUCUCUGGUUUGUCUACUUAGUUCCUUACAGUCCAUGUCAAUAUGACUGUGGCACAAAAAGACCACCAAGCCUACUUAAGGAUACCAGUUUUAACAACAAUCAUUUUUAAUCAUGUUAAAUUUUUAAUUUGUGUAAAUUUCAAUUUUGAAAAAUUCAAAUUCUGUAGAAUGCCUAUGGGUUGACCCUCAUGCAAAUUAAACACAACUACACACUACACCUA